CGACGUCAGUUCAAACCGGAGCGACGCUCGAACCGAGCGCUUCGUACCGUCACGCGCCGCUCGUUCUCGCGAACCUACCCUUGUAUGUACGAUUUUCUAUCCCCGACCAACGUAACUCGACCGACAACAUCGAAUCGCUAGUUGGUUCCGUUACGACUAUCGACUUUUUUUUUGGCCCUUCGUAAAAAAGUUUAUCGACCCUCCGCUGCUAUAACAACCCUUAUUCUCUUCAUUCAUUCAGUCGCUCCCUCUAAUUAUGGACUCCCCUUAACUUAGUUGAAAUAUUCGAACGCUCUCGAUUUUAUUGUUAUAUUAUUAUUAUUUUGGAAGUUUCUUGCUACUCGACUGGUUUUAAAAUUCCCUAAAUUUCUAGAUUAUUUCUAUAUUUAAAAGUAAUUGUAACCUUGAUAUUGGAAAUUGAGGAGUACGGCCGUAAUACUAAGUUACAAUAGUUUUGCGCCGUUAUCCGUAAUCCAGGUCAAUUAGGGACCGCCGAACCAUGACACUGCGUUGACAUUGGCGCGUUUCGUGUGCGAUUAGUGAAUGUGUGUGCUUCGGACUGUGUGUGUAGACUACCAGCGGUGCAUGAUCGCGUGAGUGCACCGCCGCAGCGGAUGUGCACGCCGCUGCCGACUUGGUGGUUUGUGCCGACUGGAAUGCCAGCUGCUCUUGACCUAACUAGGUACAAGAGCGGGGUGCGCUCAGUGAGGGGCGGGGGUGGGGGCGGCGGCGUCGGCGGCGCAGAAGAGGCGCGGCGCGGCGGCCUCAAGGCGCUGCCGAAGCGCGCCCGCACUCGCUGCAGGGGUAUGAACAUGGGGCAAAAGUUGUCCGGCGGUGUCAAGUCGGUGUCGCGCGAGUGCACGGCGCCGUUCAAGGCGGUAGUGGCUCGCGAGCUGGCCCCCGAGCCGCCCCGGCCUGCGCGCCUCGACGCGCUGCUAGACGCGCCGCCUGCGCAUCCCGACACACAAUUAAAGCACGCGUGGAACCCAGAUGACCGGUCGUUAAACAUAUUCGUUAAAGAGGAAGACGCGUUAACAUUCCACCGGCACCCGGUGGCUCAAAGUACGGACUGUAUCCGCGGUCGUGUCGGCUACUCGCGCGGGCUGCACUGCUGGGAGGUGGUGUGGCCCGCGAGGCAGCGCGGUACACACGCGGUGGUGGGUGUGGCAACUGCGCACGCGCCCCUACACUCGGUCGGCUACCAGAGCCUCGUGGGAGCGACAGACCAAAGUUGGGGAUGGGAUCUCGGAAGAAAUAAGGUAUACCACAACGCGAAGGGCACGGGCGGCAGCGGCACUACGUACCCCGCGCUGCUGCGGCCCGACGAGCAGUUCCUCGUGCCGGACCGGCUGCUCGUGGUGCUCGACAUGGACGAGGGCACGCUCGCCUUCUGCGCGGACGGCCGCUACCUCGGCGUGGCGGCGCGCGGCCUGCGCGGGAAGACGCUUUAUCCUAUCGUCUCCGCGGUCUGGGGACACGCCGAAAUAACUAUGAAGUAUAUAGGCGGGCUCGAUCCCGAGCCGCUGCCGCUAAUGGAGCUGUGCCGACGCGUGAUCCGCCAGCGCGUGGGGCGCGCGCGCCUCCGCGCCGCCGCGUCGCGCCUGGCGCUGCCGCCCGCGCUCACCGCCUACCUGCUGUACCGCGCGCCCUAGCCGCCCCGCGCGCCGCCGCCCGCCCCGCCCGCCCGACACCCGCACGCGCACACAGAGACUCCUUACCGCAGUGCCCGACCUCGACCGGAUCGCAUCGUGCCAGAUGACCCGAAACCGUUGACGCCUCUCACGGAGUGGGGGACGAAUCGACUGAGUGAAGUUAACCGAGUCCCCGGCGUCCAGCUUCUGCCCGACUUCGACGAGAUUCAUGAUACUUCUGUGUCCGAGUUCGAUUCGCCACGCAUUCGAUGAACAAUUUAUAGUAGUGCAAUGCGGCAGAAUCUCAUUUGCAAGAAAAUAGCUCGUCAAAAGAACUCCGUUUGAGUGGUGAGAGUGGGUUCUUAGAAAUCCUCCUCCCCAAAAAUUUACUAUUGGCUUCCAGUUCUCGAACUCACUAGAGUCUGCUCUUCCUUUUCUUUUGAAAAAUUAUCUUAGCUGCUAUUCAUAAUUUGACUAGGCUUUACUGUAAUACUAGCCGAAAACAAACCUAGCGAUCGAUCGAUAAAGACUACACAAAUUCUGGUGUACAAAACUCUUAUUAGUAUAACUUAUAAAAUAUACUUAUGCAAAAGCUAAAUGCGGAGUAUGUUAAAAAAAUCAUCACUCAUAAAAUCAAAGUCAACAAAAAUAUGUUAUGCGACUCCAUCUUAGAUAAUCUCAUUUUAUACAUAUUGCAAUAUUCCGAUGUGAAUACAAUGUUUUAUUUUUACACUAUCUGUGAUAUUUAUAUUUUAAAGGCAUCACCCGCGUUAUCAAAUAGAAAUGCACAAACGAUGCAUUUUAAAGCGAAUGUAACUGCGUACGAUCACGAUAAAUUAACUUUAAAAGCUCGAAGGGGUUCCUUGUGAAUUGUUUUAUUAUUUAAAACACGUGAUGCUAAGUGGUGGGCGAAUAUGGUACUAUUCCGUUACCGAUAUUAUCAAUUUAUGGACAUUUUAUAUACGAUAAUAUUUAUAAGUUAGACGUGGCAGUAAAUCAUUACAAAAAAUUGUGUUAACAUUUGAUCAGAUCUAAUGCAAGCCGCACGUUUUUAAAGCCAUAUUGAUCUCUUAUAGAAUAUGACGUCUGCAUUGAACGUUCUUAGUCACUGCAGAGGAUCGUAUUUUACUCGUUAAGAAAUAUUAUAGAAUGAACAACAGCAAUUUAUACAUAACUCACGAGCCUCGGCAAUUAAUAUCUAAUGUAUGAGAUGUCAUUGUUAUCGUGACAAUAGCAUGCGAGCUGUCGCCGCUCGUGUCAUAGGCCAGUGUAUCGUUGGCAAUCUUACAUACUAUUUUAUAGCUCAUUAAGUGACUGGAUUAUUUUUUAGUUUAGGAUUUUAAUUCCUAUUGUAAAAACGUGUGAUUGUGUGAUGUAUAUAUCUAUGACUACACGCCUUUUCUUACGUUAUUUGUAUGUCAUUCGAAAGAUUAUAUCGAAGAAAUUGGUUCGAGUAAAUCCGCUUCAAAAUUAAAGAGGAAUUUAGACCCCUUUCAAACUAUUCUCCUCUCUAUGUCUUCUUUUGUGACAUUAGAUUAUUAGGUAUAACGCAAUGAAUUACGAGAAUAGUAUUUUCGAAGCACUGUUUUAUAAUGGAAUAUGUCAGCCAUUUUAACGCAAAUUAGUUAUAUUGAAUCCAUGUAAAAUAUAAGUACUUCCAUUUCAAUAAGAUUUUUUUUAUAUGUAGACUAUGGCAUGUAGACAAGACAUCCCGAGUGGAGCUCACUUUAAUAUCGUGUCGAUAUUCACAUUCCAUCUCCAGCUUUAUAAUAAACAUUGUACUACGUGAAUUUGUGAUUGUAUGUAAUCAUAGAAUGUUAUUAUAUAUUAUUUUGUAAUAAAGAGUGUUAUGUGAAUAUUGACAUGUAUGAAGUAACUAUGAUAAACUGCCAAAUGCGAUGUGAAAGCGAGAGUUCAACGUGUGUGUGAAUUGAACUAUUGUGAGUGAGAUCGAAUGAUGAAUGAUUGCGACGUGUGAAUGUACUGUGUCGUGUGUUCGGAAAAUAUUUUCGUUGUGUAAGAGAUAUAAUCAUGGUAACAUAAAAUACACCAAGCUCGAUAAACUGUUGACGCAGUCCUUUAGGAUAAGCCCCGAAAUACAUUCUUAUUUCAAUGUAUUGUUUUAUGCCCAAAUUAGAGUUAAUUUAUUCCAAUACAUUAACAAAUAGGGGCUCAUUCGAAAGGAUCAAUAUAAUUAGCAAAAAUAUCCAAUUUUAAUUUUAUAAAUUCUCAAAUUUAGUCCUGUAUAUAAAAUAUCAUUUUGCAGCGUUUAAUGACUUUAUUAUAAGUGAAAUGCAUUUUAGUUUUAUAAGUAGUAGGCAAUAUUUUUAAAAGGUCAUUUCUAACAGACAACUGCGAUUGAGUGGAAUCUCUUAGAAACAAUGAUUGAAAAACAAAAUAGGAAAACGAUUGGAAUAAAUAUACUGGUUAAGAAAAUAAUAAAUAAUAUGAAAUAAAAUAA